AUGGCGGACCUGGUGACGUGUCAGCCGGCAAAACAGAACAUGGAUCGGGUUCUAGUUUGCUUUCCGCCCGCGGGGGCGACGGCGUCGUGCUUUAAUGGAGAUUUCACGCGCGCCGUCGACGCGCGAUGCUUCGCCGUCGACAAACCAUGCCGGUGGAGGCGAUGCGUUCCGGAGGUAGAAACUCUGAGAUGGAGUGUUGUCGAUUUUGCGAGAGAUGUUGCGCGUCGCAUCGUCGAACAUGGGUGCGUCUCGAAAGGUGAAUCGCUUUAUUUGUACGGACAUAGCGCCGGAGCGUGGAUCGCGUUUGAAUGCGCUCGAGCGCUCGGCGAGCGCGUCUCGGGCGUGUACGUGUCGGCCGCCAGAGCGCCAUGUUUGGGGCACUGGCUCAACGAUACCGACGUCGAGACGCCUCGACUGUCAGAGUUGGAAACUGACGACGCAUUUUGGGCAGCGUUCGAGCGGCGCUACGGCGUGAGUGACGAGUUACGAUGCGUGUCCACGUCGUUGAUCGCUCCCUUUCGAGAGGACUUCCGAAUGAGCGAAUCGUAUGAGGGAUCGACCGAGAAAGUACACGUGCCUUUGACGGCGAUCGGUAUCGAAAAUGACACGCGAACGACACGCGAAAUGAUUGCGCGAUGGUCUGAGCACACCACGGGCGCGUUUUGCAGCCGCUGGUGGGACGGCGGCGGCGCACAUCCGCAUCGCGCCCUCAUCGCGAAACCUCUCGAGUUUGCAUCCUUCUUGUCGAACGAAGUCUUCUUUGUUUGA